AUGCACAUGUGGUUCACCAAGUUCUCCCGCGUCAAGUUCUCGCCCUCCCUCACGCUGUUUGGCGGGAAGCCCAUGGAGGGCUGGAUCGAGGUGACGGUCAGUGGGCUGGUCACCGUGUCCCUGCUGAAGCCCAGCGGGCAGGUGCUGACGUCCACCGAGAGCCUGUGCCGGCUGCGGGGCCGCGUGGCCCUGGCCGACAUUGCCUUCACGGGCGGCGGCAACAUCGUGGUGGCCACGGCGGACGGCAGCAGCGCGUCCCCUGUGCAGUUCUACAAGGUGUGCGUGAGCGUGGUCAGCGAGAAGUGCCGCAUCGACACUGAGAUCCUGCCCUCGCUCUUCAUGCGCUGCACCACGGACCUCAACCGCAAGGACAAGUUUCCCGCCAUCACCCACCUCAAGUUCCUAGCCCGGGACAUGUCGGAGCAGGUUCUCCUGUGCGCCUCCAGUCAGACGAGCAGCAUCGUGGAGUGCUGGUCCCUGCAGAAGGAGGGGCUCCCGGUGAACAACAUCUUCCAGCAGAUCUCCCCUGUGGUUGGUGAGAAGCAGCCCAUGAUUCUCAAAUGGCGGAUCCUGUUGGCCACCAAUGACCUGGAACGCGUGUCCACCGUGGCACUGCCCAAGCUGCCAAUCUCGCUCACCAACACGGACCUGAAGGUGGCCAACGACACCCAGUUCUUCCCCGGCCUCGGGCUGGCCCUGGCCUUCCACGACGGCAGCGUCCAUAUCGUGCACUGGCUCUCGCUGCAGUCCAUGGCCGUCUUCUACAGCUCGGCCGCCCCGCGCCCCUUGGACGAGCCCACCCUCAAGCGCCCGCGCACCACGGGGCCCGCCGUGCACUUCAAGGCCAUGCAGCUCUCCUGGACCUCCCUGGCCCUCGUGGGCAUUGACAAUCAUGGCAAGCUCAGUAUGCUGCGAAUCUCGCCUUCCAUGGGCCACGCACUGGACGUGAGCCUGGAGCUGCGGCACCUGCUCUUCCUGCUGGAGUAUUGCAUGGUGACGGGCUACAACUGGUGGGACAUCCUGUUACACGUGCAGCCUGGCAUGGUGCAGAGCCUGGUGGAGCGGCUGCACGAGGAGUACACGCGCCAGAACGCCGCACUGCAGCAGGUCCUGUCCACCCGCAUCCUGGCCAUGAAGGCCUCCCUGUGCAAGCUGUCACCCUGCACGGUGACGCGCGUGUGCGACUACCACGCCAAGCUCUUCCUCAUCGCCAUCAGCUCCAUGCUCAAGUCGCUGCUGCGCCCGCAUUUCCUCAACACGCCCGACAAGAGCCCCGGGGACCGCCUCACCGAGAUCUGCUCCAAGAUCACGGACGUCGACAUCGACAAGGUCAUGAUCAACCUGAAGACGGAGGAGUUCGUGCUGGACAUGAACACGCUGCAGGCGCUGCAGCAGCUGCUGCAGUGGGUGGGCGACAUCGUGCUCUACCUGCUGGCCAGCUUGCCCAAUCAGGGCUCCCCGCUGCAGCCUGGUCACAGCUUCCUGCGCGAUGGCACCUCGCUGGGCAUGUUGCGGGAGCUCAUGGUUGUCAUCCGCAUGUGGGGGCUCCUGAAGCCCAGCUGCCUGCCCGUGUACACAGCCACCUCUGACACUCAGGACAGCAUGUCCCUGCUCUUCCGCCUGCUCACCAAGCUCUGGAUCUGCUGCCGUGACGAGGGCCCCAGCAGCGAGCCCGAUGAAGCACUUCUGGAUGAGUGUUGCCUGUUGCCUAGCCAGCUGCUCAUCCCCAACCUGGACUGGCUGCCCGUCAGCGAUGGCCUGGUCAGCCGUCUGCAGCCCAAGCAGCCCCUGCGGCUGCAGUUUGGCCGGGCGCCCGCUCUGCCCCGCGGUGCGGCUGCCCUGCAGCUGGAAGGCCUGGUCAGGGCUCCGGGCCAGCCCAAGAUCGACCACCUGCGGCGGCUGCACCUGGGGGCUCACCCCACAGAGGAGUGCAAGGCGUGUACCAGGUGUGGCUGUGUCACCAUGCUCCACUCCCCCAACAAGGCGACGGCGGUCAAGCAGUGGGAACAGCGCUGGAUCAAGAACUGCCUGUGUGGGGGGCUGUGGCGGCGCCUGCCCCUCAGCUGCCCCUGACCCGGGCGCUGGGCGUGGCU